CUUUUAACAUUUUAGCAUGGUGGAAGAAGCAUUCUAGUGAGUAUCCAAUACUGAGCUUGAUGGCUAGAGAUGUGUUGGCGAUUCCAGUAUCCACAGUUGCAUCUGAGUCUGCUUUCAGUACCGGGGGGCGCGUUUUAGAUGCAUUUCGGAGUUCUUUGACUCCCUUGGUUGUUGAAAGUUUAAUUUGUGGUCAAAAUUGGCUUCGCUCGAGUACUCUUCCAAUCGACAUGGAAGAGAAUUUUGAAGAAAUCGAAGAACUUGAACAAGAGUUGAAAGAGUCUUGCUUGGAUGAUUGUACUAUCAUGAGUGAUUUAGUUGACGAUGAUUGAAGAAUGGUGUACUUGAUUAUUAUCGAACAAUGAUGUCUUGUGUGAUCAUGAGUAUGAUGUACUUGAUUAUUAUCGAACAAUGAUGUAUUGUGUGAUCAUGAGUAUGAUGUACUUGAUUAUUAUCGAACAAUGAUG